AGUGUACUAUCCAGUCGGGCUCAAUAAACUGUCUGCUCGACUUGACAGGAGUUGUGAGAUGUCUGGCAAAGUUAAGCAGAAAUCGUCGGCGACUGCCGCGGACUCGUCGACUCAGUCAACCAACGAGAAGAUUCUUAAAGAAUGCCAUUUCCUCUACACAGAACCGGAUAAUGGCCUUAUAAAGAUAGCAGAGAGUUUGGACCUGACAUUGCUUGCACCCAGAAAGAAGAUCUCGGUCCUCCUUAUUGGCAACCACUCAGCUGGAAAGAGUUCCUUUAUCAACUGGUAUGUUGAAGAGAAGGUACAGAGAACAGGGGUUGCUAUUGAGACACAGGGCUUCUCCAUUGUUACCAGUGGGAGAAAGAGAGAGUCAUUAACCGGAAAUGCCACUCUUCACCUUUAUCCCCAUUUUGAGCCCCUUAGACAGAUUAAAGGUGUCACUGAUUACCUGACGACAGAGAUUUCUACCUCCAAGCAGAAGCGCUUUAACCUUGUCAAAUUUAUAGACACGCCUGGCUUAGUGGAUGGAGACAUGCAAUAUCCAUUUGAUGUCAACAGAGCCAUACUUUGGCUUGGGGAGUUGGCUGACCUGAUAUUUGUCUUCUUUGAUCCGAUUGGUCAGGCCCUGUGUAAGAGGACAUUGAACAUCGUGGAAGAGCUGAGCAAUAACCAUUCGGAGAUAAUGAGAUUUUUUCUUAGCAAAGCAGAUGAGGCUGGGGAUGAGGGGGAUAGACAGAGAGUCCUAAUGCAAAUUGUACAAGAACUUUGCAAGAGACCCAACCUAAAUCGUACAGGGUUUGAGAUGCCAACGAUUUUCAUUCCAAACAUGAAUCAGAAAAACAGCACCUGUGUGAACCAGAUUGAGGAUGUGUGUCAAGACAUUGAAAAAACCAUCAACCAAACCAUCCAGAACACUCUGAAUUCACUGGAGCGUGACUGUGAUCAAAUAGCGGAACUGGUGGAAACAAAACUGAAAGAGAAUGCGGAGACAAGCAGUGAAAACCUAUCUGCACGAUUUCGGGGAGCCAGCUUUGGGUUGCUGGGGGUGAUCAUGCCAUUCAUCAUGCUGACCACAUACCUCAUCUCAACACAACAGAAAUUCAUGAAAGACAUCCUGGGAGAAAAUAUUUUGGAUACAUUGGGGAUUUAUUUGGGUCCUUUGGCCAGAGGUUGGAGAGCCAUCCCUCCCCAGUAUUCUAAUUACAUCCUAUACUUCAUCCUGUUCUUUACCAUUGUAAUGCUGCUAAUAGCAAGAUAUGUCUCAAGAACAAAGCCAACUCUUUCUCGGAAGGACAAGAAGUACUUAUCAGGAGUCAGAGAGUAUGUACAGAACAUUGUCAAAAAGAAGAAGCAAUCCCUUUACUCGGAGUACCUGAAACAGAGUGUGGCAGACCAUGACUUAUGAUAACAACAGUGACUACCACCAAGUCCCAAGAAUAACUUCAUCUGAUGACUUUAUCUGUUGACGGUUGUAAAUUUUCCCUGCAGACCAUUGAGAACUUUUCCUACUGACAGUAGAGAACUUUCCCUGUGAACAGUUGAAUUUGUACCCUGUUGACAGUUGAGACUUUUCCCUGUAGAGUUUUGAUUGUGUUCAUUUUUCUCUUUAUUACAUGUUAAGUAUUUUUGUUUUCUGUCCUCUUUGUAAGAUAUGUUAAUUUUAUUAGUAUUGGGAUCAAGAUAAAAAAUAUUUGAAUGUUUUGAGCAUAUUAAAUGAAUUUUAUUUUUAAAACAUUUAGUUUAACAGUUCCAUCUGUGAGUGAAUUGAUGGAAUGAUUGUACAUUUUUGUUUCCUUUAAAAAAUGUUUGGGUUGAAAAGUGCUAUCUAUAUUGAAGUUUUGUUUUUUUUUUU